CCGGGGCAAGUUUUCAGUUAACCAUUCAGACGAAGCCAGUUACAUCAGAGGCAGGGCGUUGUUGGUGGUGAGAAUCAGCAUCUUUAUAAAGUUAGUUGCAUCUUUUAUACGGAUUUUAUAGGUUGUUUUCGCCCGAUAUCGGUUCAUCUCUUGAGAAAUACAUGGAAAAGAAAGUCGUACAAUAAUCAAGUAAAGGACACGGGAAGUAGAAUUGAUACCGUGCAUCCAAAUCCACGUUGUUGUUCAUUUGAGCUAUACCCACUCGUGUAAAAAGUACAUAUUUGGGCUAAAUUUUUAUACCAGGAGGAGCAUAAUACGUAAUACGUAAAGCAUAGCAGGAGCUGAAAUCUCUCAACCCUUUUACAUACUUUUGCUCUCUCUGGCUGGAUAAAAUAAGCCUGCACUAUGGAUUCAAGCCCAGUAUCGUGCAACUUUGUGGGAAACUCCAAGAUGACCAAACCCAAAAGAGUUAUCGAUGAAGCUCGCGAAAUUAAAAAUCCAGAGUUGGAUUUGGUCGAAAAGGGAAUUCUCGCCUUUGAGGAACUCCCUGGCCUGUUCAACCUGGAUUUCGUGACACGAUUGACAAUUUCUCACAACAAGAUAAAAUCAAUUCCAGCAACGAUCGCAAAUCUUUGCAACCUAGAAAUUUUGACCAUGUUCAACAAUCAAUUGGAAGAAUUGCCCACUGCAAUUUCAUCCCUUCCGAAACUUCGAAUUCUUAAUGUUGGCAUGAACCGAUUGAAAUCUUUGGGGAGAGGAUUUGGUGCCUGUCCAUCCCUUGAAGUGUUGGACUUCACCCAUAAUAAGAUGAGCGAAGAGGGAUUGCCUGGAAAUUUUUGGAUGAUGGAAACUUUGAGAGCUUUGUACAUGGGGGAUAACUAUUUUGAAACACUUUCUCCGGAAGUUGGACGUCUUCGCAAUCUUCAAAUUCUCGUCAUCCGGAACAACAAUAUUACUCAUAUUCCUCGCGAAAUUGGAAACUUGACCCGACUAAGAGAAUUUCAUAUUCAAGGAAACACUAUCCAGUGGUUGCCCCCAGACAUAUCAAAUAUGGACUUGGGGGGAAGUCGAAGUAUCAUUCGAGUGGAUGAUAACCCUCUGGCGCCACCACUUGCUGAUCAGUGGGCUCUGGGUCCGCAUCAUUUGCUGGACUAUGUGAAAACGGAUGCUUACAAAACAUUGUACGGCAAUGCUCAUCGUACCAGACGUUGAGAGUACCGAGAUCCGAGUGUGCUUUGGUUCUAACGAGUUUCUCUCCAGUAAAAGUCCAAAACUUUUAUAUCACAAUAUUAAUCAGUCAACCAGGUUGAUAACUGUAAUUUACAAAUACAAGUCGUAUUAACAAGUGCCAAACAAAUAAUGUAAUAUAACUUUAUAAUCAAACACCACUGCCUGCCUUACUUAAGAUUAGCAUUUAAAGUAUUCAUAAACCAGUAUUGAAAAAAUUGACUCAACAUAAUUUUGGUUAAAAGUCAGAAUCUUUCUCUAACUCGCCUAAAUAUCGAAAAAUAAAUCAAUUUACAACUUACAAA